AUGACUUCCCAAUCAACACAUUUCGUUAGUUAUAAACAGCGACAUUGUACGGAUAUAUUUUGUCUUAUUUUAUUCAUUAUUUUUAUUAUUAUUUAUGGAUUUAUAUCAUUAUUAGCAAUAACUCAAGGUAAUCCAAGAAGUUUAAUUCAACCAAGUGAUUCAUUAGGUAAUAUAUGUGGACAAAAUGAAUUUGAUUCUAAACCAUAUCAACUGUACUUUGAUAUAAGUAAAUGUUUAACAGAUGGUGGUCUUGGAUUUGUUUGUCCAACAACAAAAUUAUGUGUUAAUUCAUGUCCAAAACAAUAUUCACAUUAUCAAUCAUUACAAACAAUAGAAAAAGCUGGUUAUCUAUCCAAAAAUUACACACGUCAACAACUAAUAUGUAUGUAUGGUUUUAAUCCAAUAAAUGAUAAUCGAACAAUAAUUGAAUUAGUUAAUAAUGGUCUUUGUGCCCCAUAUACAAUAGAAUCAGAACCAUUUCUUGGUCGAUGUUUACCAUCGAUUUUUAUAAAUUUAUUUGAUUAUGAACAACAUCAAACAUUACAAACAAAUAUAUCAAUUGAACAAAUAAAUACUAAUAUGUUCGGUAUUAAUAGUAUAUCUGAUGUUGGUCGAGUAAUAUUGGCUGAUCUUGAUCGUAUUAAAGAAAGUUUAGCAUUAUUUAUUCUUGUAGCCUGUAUACUUACUUUACUUUAUAUGUUUGCUGUAAAACAAUUUACUCGUAUAAUUGUUAUUCUAACUAUUAUUUUAUUUCUUGUAAUACUAUUUCUAUGCAGUUUAUUUUGUUGGUAUACAAUUUAUACUGGACGAGAUCUUGUUUAUGAAUAUAGUACAGUUGCAAGAAUUGUUAAUGAUUUUAUUAAAUUACGAACAAUUUAUAAAGUAUUUGGUUGUAUAACAACAUUUUUAUUUUUUCUUAGUUUAUUUAUUAUAUGUACUUUAUUUGAUCGUAUACGAUUAAGUAUAAUAUUAAUAGAUCAAGGAACACGUGCAGUUUUUUCUGUUUUAAGUACAAUUAUUUGGUCACCAUUAAUAAUAAUCAUAUAUUUUCUUUUAAUAUUAUGUAUUAUUUAUAUUGAAAUGUGUUUAUCAACAGUUGGUAAACCAAUAUUUCGUUUAAUUGAUAAUAAUCAAACAAUACCUUGUUUACCAAAUAUAAAUUCAACAGAAUGUGUAUUUCAACAAGAAUAUGGUUAUGAUUCAUUAGUAUUAAAUGGAACAGAUCCUAUAACACGUAAUAUUAUUGAAUAUCUUGUUGAUAAUAAAACAUAUCUUAAAUGGUUUAAUAUAUUUGCUUUUAUAUGGUUAAGUACAUUUUUAUUUGCAUUUGAAGAAAUUGUUUUAGCUGGAGUUUUUUCAAAUUAUUAUUGGUCAAAAGAACAUUUAACAAUAUCAUGUCCACUUAUUUAUUCAAUAUGUAUUAUUAUACGAUAUCAUUUAGGUUCAAUUGCAUUUGGUUCAUUACUUAUUUCAACAUUAAGAUUUAUACGUAUUAUACUUGAUUAUAUUAGUCAAAAAUGUUCAAAUAUUCACCGAAAUAUUAUUAUAGAAUUUAUAUCGAAAUGUUUUUCAUGUUUUUUAUGGUUAUUUGAAAAAUUUCUUAAAUUUCUUAAUAAAAAUUCUUAUGUAUUAAUUGCAUCACAUGGUUAUUCAUUUUGUAAAGCAACACGUAAAGCAUUUUUUUAUAUAAUUAAUAAUUGUCUUCGAUUUGCAAUACUUAUACAUUUAACUGAAUGUAUUUUAUUUUGUGGUAUAAUUAUUAUAUGUACAUGUAAUACAUAUUUAUUUUAUCAAUAUCUUCAAUGGACAGAUGAAUAUGAUCAACUUAUUCUUCGUUGGAUACCAAUUGUUAUUAUUUUAUUAAUUACUUAUCUUAUAACAAGUCUUUUUUUUAGUGUUUAUGAUAUGGCAAUAAAAACAUUAUUUAUAUGUUUUCUUCAAGAUUUAGAUGAAAAUGAUGGUUCUAUUCAACGUCCAUAUGUCAUGAAUAAUGAACUUUUAUGUUUAGUACAUAAAACAAACAUUGUUGAAAAAAAAUGA